GAUGUCUAGCGCCAUUGGAUCAACGUCACGAGCGCUUCGGAAUGCAAUCAGAUAACGUUGCCGACGUCGCCUACAUCAUCGCACCGGGUCGCAUCAGCAGGCAUGUAGGCAUGUACACCCCGGAUCAAAGCCAAAAACCAUCCAAGAACAAUUUGCAACUGACACAAACAUAGCUCAGGAAUGGGAUGAGAAGUAGGCUUUGACUUUGUGGUUUACCCAAAGAUGCGUACGUCCGUACGCGUACACACUUCCCUCACCGUCACAUUCGACACUAUGUUUGUGUCCUCAAUUUUACUGCCACUAUUAAGAGGAGAGUUUGGUCUGCGGUUUCAAGGUUGUUUGCGGUUGGUUUGUGUGUGUGUAGUCGGGUCGAUUAGAGAAGUUUUAUCGGCGAGCAAUUGCUCUGUAUGGCUUAGAAGCUGAGAGCGUCUGUUGUCGAUUGUGUCAUAUCGAUCAUGAUGGGCUUCGCAGGUCGCACACAGGACGAUGUACCCUUUUUGAGCUAGGAAACAAACGACAACAAAAAAACCAUACAUAACAAGGAAGGUAUAAACCGUUCGAAAGCAAAACAACAGCAAAAUAACCUGGCCCGGCAGCACGUUCUACCAAGAACGAGCACCGGAGCAAGGUAGCACAGGCCAGUGGAAAAAAACCACAUUAAGAUUAGCCAGCACAAGGGCCAUUAAAAAACAGGUAGUUCCAUGCCACAAGGGCUGCGACCGGGUACCGGGAGAAAAACAGCAGCGAGACAGGGACCGGAGGCGGUUUCGGGGAAAAAGAUCUUCGGUAUAUAAAAUCCGACACGUCUCUUCCCAAACCACUCAGUAUCGAUUCAACGUUCGGCAAACAAACAACUCGAGCUCCUCAAAAUCAAACCUCCUUCAACCAUGAAACCUGUUGUACUUUCGUGCAUCUGCCUGGUGCUGCUGCUCUUGGGAACUGCAUCCUUUGCCGCUCCGGCCUCCAAGAAGGGCACGGAAAGCUCCUCCGAAUCGGUCGAAUCGAACGAAUCUAGCUCGAAGGAAACGACCGUCCAAGGCAACAAUGCUGCCGAGGUGACGGAAGAAGAUACCAACACGGCCCAGGAGGUGAUGACGGUGCCAGAGAACAGCGUGAACGGCACGGUAAAGCUGGAGCAGCCAACGAAACCCGUCGAUCAAACAACGACCAUCGUUGCUAAGUCAUCCGGUUCGACGAACGCUGCUCCGGUUCCGGAAUUGACGAAAGUUGACGAGAAGCCUGAAACGACCGUGGUAGAAUCCGUGGAAUUUGGCAGCGGCGUUGUUAAGGAAGAUUCGGUGAAAGCUGUCGCCGUGGGGGCUGAAACAGCUCCGGAAACCUCCGUCAAGAAAGUUUCGGACGUGGAAGUUUCCACCGUUGCAAAGGAGGAUGUCGUCACUCGUACGCUUGAAACGGAGGAACAGGUACGGCCAACCCAACCCGAGGUGCAAGUGACGGAGGUGACGCAGAAAGUGAACGAUCUGCCUACCGUGGAGGUGACCGUCACGCUGGCAGAACGUGAGAGCGUUGACUUGCGCGUUGAAACUAACGAGCCGGUCCCGGUGACGACCGAAACCGACGUCGUUGCUACCGACUCCGUUGCUGCUGAUGCGUAGUUGGAGAUCAGAACCAGUUUGAUGUGGUUUGUGGUGAAGCGUAUUGUACAGAAUUCCAAAAAAAUAAAUAAAGCCUAUAACAUGUAAAACAUUA